GAUAACAUCGAUGUCCAGUAAUCCUAGAGACGUUAUACUAAAAAUAUUCACCAAAAAGCAUUCUUUAUCCUUAACACCUCAGAGUUUGGGCUUUUUAGUGAACUUAGCGCAAACUUACAACCUCAAUGCGACUAAUUUGAGUAGUAUAUCAGAUUCAUUAGCUCUUGCAUAUCUCAAACAAGAUGAUUGUACUUCAAUUGUUGACGUAGACGUUUUGCAAAAAGUUUACUUAAAUUUACAGUUGAACUACGCUGGUGGAAUGAAUAUACUUGAUAACGAUGAUUACGUGAAUGAAGAUGAAAUAGAUCCUAGAAAUUACCUCAAAAUAGUUGAUGCGUUUCAUAUGCCUAGAUAUAACUACACCGUUGAUAAUAAGAGCUUUACGAAGCAACCAACACAGAGUGUUGCUGGUAGUCCUGCAUCACUCUCUCAAUUAUGGUUAGAUAGGUAUAACAUUAUCAAACAGAUCAUUCUACGGAAUGAAUUCUUCUCUCCACCUUCAACUAUCAAUGCUAGUAGCCACGAUAGAGAUAAGUAUAUGAAGAUCACAUCGACAAAGAACCUCCUAGGAAGACUUAACCAGCGAUUUAUGCUCUUUGGUAUGCUCUCACAAACUGUCGAUGGUAGACACGCGUUGCAAGAUCCAGAUGGUGUUGUCGUCUUGGAUUUAGAUGAUGCUGUUCCAGGAGAGGGUCUAUUCACUGAAGGCUCAUUUGUCCUCGUUGAUGGUAUGUAUAUUCUUGAAACAGAAGAACCAGUAUUUAAAGCAUACGGAAUCGGACACCCACCGUCUGAAAAGCGUUCAGCCUCACAAUCCGUACAUGGUCAUGUAGACUUUUUAGGCUUAGGCGGUAUAUCAAUCAAGGAUCAAAAGUUGUAUAAGAGGAUAGAAAAGAGCUUAGAUCACAUUGGAUUUAUAGUCCUAUCAGACGUCUGGCUGAAUGAACUAUCAACUCAGUUGUCUUUGAGAAGAUUAUUUGAAGGUUAUAAUAAUGCUUUCAAUGACUUUAGACCAUUGUUGUUUGUUUUAUGCGGUAAUUUCUCAUCUCAGCCGAUAACAACAUCACGAGAAAUACGCGAAUACCAAGAUUCAUUUAGCAAAUUGGCAGACAUCAUUUGCGAAUUUCCAAUAAUUUCACAGCAUUCAACGUUCGUGUUCAUACCCGGACCUAAUGAUCCAUGGAGUUCAGGCACAAGUACCACAUUACCACGAACGAGAUUACCUAAAGCAUUCACAAGGGAAUUCGAAUCAAGGAUACCUAGAACGCAUUUUAGUAGUAACCCUACGCGCAUACGUUACUUUAGUCAAGAUAUUGUUAUAUGUAGAGAUGAUGCUAUGUCUAGGAUUUUACGUAACAAUGUUAAAGUCAAAGAAGAAUCACUGGCCGAUGAAGAGGAAAAUGUAGAUAUAAAGUUAAAGAAGUACCUAGUUCAAACUAUAAUCGAUCAAGCGCAUCUUAGUCCGUUUAGUAUAAACAGUAGACCAGUUUUAUGGGAAUAUGAUCACGCAUUACGUUUAUAUCCAAUACCAACUUCAUUAAUACUAGCAGAUAAAUAUGAUAGAUACGAAUUAAAAUAUGAGGGUUGUAGAGUAUUCAACCCUGGUUCAUUCUCUUUCGGGUGUAGUCCCUCUUAUCGAAUUGUAACGUCAUCACUUAUGAGCAGUACAAAAGGACAAACUAUAUUAGAGCUACCAAAUGAGUUACUCUAUAUGCUUUUAGAGUAUUCAAAUAAAUUAAGUCAAACUUGUAGACAUCUUAACAAGCUAAGCAAAGACUUGUCCAAUUUGACACUCGUUGGACCGAAUGCGCCGAAGAUAGAGGAAUUUAACUUGAAAGAGAGUGCGAUAGAUGAAGAGACCAGAUUUGAUAGAGUUUUGGAAUGUUUUGUUGAAGAUAUCUCAUUAGCUUGGACUAUAAAGCAUGUAAGGUGCAGAAAUAACCUAGGAAGUAGCAUUAGAACGGAACAUUUGAGUAAAUUACCAAAUCUGAACUCAAUUGUUUAUCAAAUUGCUUCGCCGAUAGAACUUAAUAGCUUGUACGGGCUACGAUUUGAGAAAUUGAAGAAAAUAAACAUAAAGUCAAUAAACUCGCUCAAUCUUAUAGAUAUACAGUCAAUAUUACACGCAUGUCCAUCUCUACAAUCGAUAUCGAUUGAUAUGCUAUUUUAUAAACAUUACACCAUAGAUACAGUACAUCAGUUAGAAGAAAAGGAAUACAUCCAUGAAAAUCUAGAACAUGUUGUUUUAAGGAAUAUGUUAUCUGGGAGGUGUAAUUGUCAAGAUAAUCACUGUAGUUUUGAUCUAGUGGGAUUAUAUACACCACAAUCGUUUAUAAACACCUUAGAUGGUAGGGUAAAAACUAAACUACAGAGGAAUACAUCUCGAGAAGAUAUCACACGAAUCCUUUCGGAUGUUUAUAAUUGGGAAAAUGACGAGCAUACUGUCAGUAAAGAACUAGGGAAACCUGUAAAGUAGAUAAUUUAUACCAUGUAAAAUCGCAUAU